AUGGCAGCCAACAAAUGUUGGCUUGUUAGUGACUGGUAUACCUCUGCGGAAAUUGAAGACCUGAAUGACAAAGUGUACCUUGGUGAUAUUCUGGAGUUCCGCCGCCGCAGCUGGGUUGGCAGGCAUCCACGUUGGGGUAUAUACGUUGGUAGAUACCAAGAUAUGAAACACGUUGUCAUCUAUUUCAGUAUUUUGGAAGGAGAAGCGCGAUUAAUGUCAUCCUUUGCCAGUCAAAAGCCCGAGAUAGGAGCUGACACAAUUGGAAACGUUCUCGGCGGUUAUGGCAAGGUGAGGAUUAACAACUCCAGAGACAAGUACCAAAAUCCUAGCGAUCCCCUCUCCAUCGUGGAAACAGCCAAGAAAAUGCACCAAGACAAAACGCAGGAUGAAUACAAACUUUUCGGGAACAACUACGAGCACUUCGUGAAUAAUUGUCGAUACAGAGAUUCCCCCAUCAAGCAGGUUCCUUCAACGCCGGGUACCGGGUCAUUUCUGGAUUACGCUGAGCCAGUAACAGAAGAACAUAAAACAUCUCGCCAUCUCCGAAUGGUGUUAAAUGAAGUCAACAAGAAUCUACCUAAACGCGAGCAGGUGGAUAGGAGACUUCAGUUACCCUACAUCGCCAUGGGUUACUUCAACGAGAGGGGGGGAAGCUUGUCCCUGGAUGAGUAUGGCGUGCACCUCACCAUCCCGCGUGGUGCAAUAGCUCCAGGCUCUCCUCAGCAAGUCUACAUCUAUGUAGACCCUACGGCACCACCGACUGACGCGGUUGAGCCGACAGAGGUCGCGCUUUCACCAAGUGUCAAGUGCGGCCCUGAAGGGUUGACAUUUAAAGAGAGCGUAGUGCUGUCGUUCCCUCACCACUCUGUUUUGACAGGUCAAAGAUACAUCAAUCUGGUUGUCAGAAUGCAUCAUGACGACUCGCAAGAGAAGCAAUGGGAGGAUGACAAUCCUGCAUUAGUCACAGAGAAAGAGGUGUUUGUCUUGGUCGAUCAUUUCACAAAUUUCACUCUGGUGGUCACACCUAUUCCUGGAAGCAGUAAGCGGUUGAAGGUCGGUGCCUUUGGAGGCCUCCUUGACAAACGACGUUGCCAGUAUGCUUUUCGGGUCCAUGUUUGGAACGACGAAGAAAGCGUUGAACAGAGUGUCCUCCGAGAGGAAGAGCGCAUGAAGUCAGAGAUGUUGGACGUCUUCAGGAAGUUGCAGUUUUUCUGGGAUAGUGGGGACUUGGUUGUAAGGGUGACCGAUCUUGACAGUGGUUGGGCAAUUCGAGAAGCGACUGAACAGACCAUUUAUAAGGAAAAAAUACGAGUCCAAGAAGAGAACUCUGUAACGUUCAACCUGAAACGGAAAAUGGGGGAUUCGGAAGACGAAGGGUUGUACUGCGCUGUUCGUACUGAUCAGCAUUCUCCAAAUGAGGAUUUGAGGAGACAGACUCAAGUUCUUCUUAACUUCUGCCCCGAAAAAAAACCCUUGAGUACGUGGGAGUGGAUCGUGGAUAAAAUCUUAAAGCUUACCCGUGUUCGUCAACAGACGCCUGGUUCGAGAGCAACACAGUGUACCGAGAACAACAGUCCUUGUGUAUGCUAUCGAACAGGUGAUCUCUGUGGUUACUGCAAGGAACAGAUUGGCAAAGAAUGGUCUAAGGAAGCUCUUGGAGAGGUUCGGCCCCAAGAUUACGGUGGAUUCUCACAGCAAACUGUGCAUGCCUUGUGUGUUCUGCUGGACGCCGGUAACAACUGGACAAAACUCCUGGAAAAGAUGACUAUCGUGGAAGGCACAGUAGUCAGGCAUGUCGUUCAACAGGAUACGGAGGCAACAUCGAGCACUAUUCACUUAAGCCCGUACGAGACGGCACAAAUAACAUCCCCGUCGUAUCCUGGCAACUAUGCUAAUGGCUUGGACGUCACGUGGGUGAUUCAGACCAUAGCGUGUUGGCAGAUUCAGAUCAUCACCUCAAGUUUCCGCACGGAGAGCUGUUGCGACAGACUAAAGGGUGGUGACGGCAUGGAUAGCACGGACCUUACAACCGUGCUAUUCGAGUCCAGGGGGAGUAUUGGUCCGGAUGCACUCUCCCAUGGACCUGCAAUGUGGCUGAGAUUCACAACUGAUGGAAGUGUUACAUAUGGAGGUUUCCGCCUACUGGCUACCAGCGUGUCAUCUUUCGCGAGUUUGGAUUUUAACUGCACGUUUGAAAAUGGUAGGUGCGGGUGGACGCAAUCAACCGAUGACGAUUCGAGUUGGGCACGUGAUUCAGGAGGAACUCCGUCGUCCAAUACUGGCCCUUCGAUCGAUAAAACGAGAGGAGACACAAGUGGAUAUUACUACUACUUCGAGGCUUCAGUAGGAAGUGAGGGUAAUACGGCAGUGCUCCUCAGUCCAGUUGUUUCAAUCAACGCUGUACAUUCAUCAUGCAUGCCGACUUUGUGCUUUGGGUUUUGGUACAACAUGUACGGAGAUGGAAUGGGUGCACUUAAUGUGUAUCGGAUUCCAGUUAACCAAGGCAUCAACGAUGGUGAGAUUAUAUUCACACGGAGUGGGCAGCAGACGGGACCAACGACCUGGCUUUUCGAGGAGAUAUGUCUACAAAACACGACCUUGGGCUUUCGAAUAGCAUUGCAGGCAGUGCGUGGAAAUAGUUUCACAUCGGACAUUGCCAUUGAUGAUUUGAGCUUAACAGUUCCAUCGAUGGAACCCAGUUUAUCUCUGAAUGAUACCAGUGGGAGCGUCAAAGGUGGGAGGACAAGUGUGAUGGAAGGGGCGACCCACUUUUUCUUGUGCACGGUGCAUCAGACAAGGCCAGCCGCUACCAUACAAUGGUUCCUGAAUGACGAUUUGCAAAGAACUGUUGACCCUUCUUCUGGAGGAAGCGUUUGUUUAGUGGACACCACGAGCAGCUGGACGUUCGUCCCGAGCAGAGCCAAUCACGGGCAGAGGGUGAAGUGUGUGGCUAGUACAGUGGAAUCGCAGCUCCUUUUAGUGUUUGCAAUGGUCACAGUGGAUGUUGCAGGUCCUCCGGACACUCCCGUUAUAACAGGCAAUCCAUCGGUGACUGCAAAUGAGGCUGUUCAACUAACAUGCCAAGCCAGCAAUGGAUAUCCUGACGACUGGGAGCUGGUUUGGUCCAAUGGGGGUCUACCUCUUACCGGCACUCACACCACCGCCGUGUCAACAUCGGGCAGCCGUUACAGGUUCAGCAGCACAUUAAUCUUUACGCCGACCAUAGAAGAUAAUGGGAACAUGAUCACAUGCUCUGCCAGAAGAGGAUCUCAAGCAUUGACAGGAUCGCUGGGUCCCGUUGACGUCCUAUGUCCUCCAAAGGAAUCCAGUUUAACCCUCUAUGACUCCGGUGGGAACGUGACUAGUGGAAGAGCAAGCGUCAUGGAGGGGGCGCACCACUCUUUGUUGUGCACGGUGCGUCAGACAAGGCCAGCCGCUACCUUACAAUGGUUCAUGAAUGACGCUCUGCAAAGAACCGUUGACCCUCCUUCUGGAGAAAGUGGUGGUUUAGUGGACACCACGAGCAGCUGGACGUUCGUCCCAAACAGAACCAAUCACGGACAGAAGGUGAAGUGUGUGGCUGGUACGGCGGAGUCGCAGCUCCCUUUACCUUUUGCAAUGGUCACAGUGGAUGUUACAGGUCCUCCGGACACUCCAGCUGUAACAGGCAACCGAUCAAUGACUGCAAAUGAGACCGUCCAACUAAUAUGCCGAGCCAACCAUGGAUACCCUGACGACUGGGAGCUGGUUUGGACUAAUGGCGGCCUACCUCUUGCCGGCACUCAAACCACUGCGAUGUUAACAUUGGGCAACCGCCAUAGGUUCAGCAGCGCGUUAAACUUCACGCCAACCAGAGAAGAGAAUGGGAACAUGAUCACAUGCUCUGCCAGAAGAGGAUCCUGGACUUCAGAACUGACAGGAUCGCUGGGUCCGAUCGACGUCCAAUACUGGCCGGAAUUUUCCGAGCCAUCUGUAACUCCAUCUAAUCAUGUUGAGGAGGGAGAUGACGUCAUUCUGUCCUGUAAGGCGGACGCCAAUCCCAAGCCGGUUGACUUCAUCACGUGGGAGAAGGUCGGGUCUCCUGGCUCCCUACCCUCUGUCUACAGCGACGGAUCAAGCACGCUGACGCUAAGCAGCAUCAGCAGGGAGCAGGCUGGGACGUACAGGUGUCGCGGAGACAACGGUGUACCUCCGGUGGUUUAUUCCAGCCUGGUCGAAGUCAUCUUCCGUUCACCCGUUGCUCCCUCAGUCGUCGGCGUACUGACAAGCUGGCCAUUUUUAACUGCCGUCAGUGUUCUGGGAAUACUUUUGCUCAUCAGCAUCGUGAUACAGGCGGCCUGCUGCUUCUACCGUAAACGAAAGAGGUCCAGCCAAAACAAGGAACAGCAGCGCGUUUCACAAAGUGGAGCUGGGACCGGAGGGCCAGUCCGGGUUUUUGCAGAUACGGAAUGCUACGAAACUGUGGGUAUCUCAACAGAACAACAAAGUAUUUCAGGAAGUGGAGCUGGGAUCGGAAGGCCUGUCCGGGUCAUUGCAGAUACUGAAUGCUACGAAGAUAUGGGGAUCCCUAUGCAAACCAUUCGCGCAGUCGAAAGUGAUUCGUCUAGAUAUGCUGACACCCCGGAUCGCCGCGCAGCAAUCUCGCGAGAUCAGCUGACCUUCCUGCAAGAACUCACCCAGGGCACUUUUGGGAAGGUGCUACUUGCAAGAGCCGUGGGCAUCGAGCAGCGAGGCCUUAUCACCCACGUGGCUGUCAAAACUGUAAAAGAUAAAAGCGACCCAAAGGAGAAAGAGAACCUGAUUCGAGAGUUGAAUUCGAUGAAACCUCUCACUAGUCACGAGAAUAUCGUUAAGCUUCUUGGAUACUGCAUCAACGCAGACCCGAUCUAUGUCAUCAUGGAACACGUGGCAAAUGGAAACCUGAAGGAGAUUCUGACUGAUAGCCGAUCCGAACGGGUGUAUGACAACCUGCGAGGUGCUGUGUGUGCAUCCCUCUCACCCAAGACUCUGCUUAGUCUGGCCAGGGGCGUGGCCAAAGGCAUGGCUUACUUGGCUUCACAAGGGUGUCUUCAUCAAGACCUUGCCGCCCGCAACGUCCUCGUCAGCGAGGAUAUGGUGAGCAAGAUAUCCGAUUUUGGAUUCGCCAGUGACGUCGCCGAAAUGAGAACACACCAACGCAAAAACACGGGAUUUUCCCCUUUGCGAUGGAUGGCACUGGAGUCCAUCCUUGAUGACGUGUACACAACAGAGAGUGACGUGUGGUCUUUUGGGGUUCUGCUGUGGGAAAUAGUUACUCUUGGUGGCCACCCAUACCCGACCCUGAGUGCCAAGAAAGUGGUUUCCAAAGUGAAGUCAGGGUACCGGAUGCCCCGUCCCGACCACUGUCGACUGCACUUGUACCAGGUGGUGCGUCCUUGCUGGUCUAAGAACCCGGCAGCCCGACCGACAUUUGCAACGAUCGCCGAGAAACUUGGAGGAUUGGUGGAAAAAGCUGACGAAUACUUAUCGUUGGAAAGCUGCCAGGAGAACAUCUACAAAAUGUCGGUCACAGGUGGAUCAGACUUUGAAAAGUUCUGAGCGAGACUCUUUGGAUUGAA